AUGGAUACCAAAAAAUUCUUACUGGUGGGUUUGCAACUGGUUCUGGUUUUUGGUUUGGCCGAAAGUUUUAAUUACCAUGAGAGUGACUUGGCUUCCGAAGAGAGCCUCUGGGACUUGUAUGAGAGAUGGAGGAGCCACGACACAUUGUCGCGCGACCUGAAGGAAAAACAAAUGCGCUUCAAUGUGUUCAAGCAGAAUCUGAAGCAUAUUCACAAGGUGAACCAAAUGGAUAAGCCUUACAAGUUGAAGCUCAACAGGUAUGCCGAUAUGACCAAUCAUGAGUUUUUGAGCACCCGUAGUUCAAAGGUAAGCCACCACAGAACGUUACAUGGUCCCCGGAGAAACACAGGGUUCAUGCAUGCCAAGACCAGCGAUCUUCCUCCAUCUGUUGAUUGGAGGAAGAAUGGAGCAGUCACCGGUGUCAAGAACCAAGGCAGAUGUGGAAGCUGUUGGGCAUUUUCAACUGUAGUUGCAGUGGAGGGCAUUAACAAGAUAAAAACAGGUCAGUUAUUGUCGUUGUCUGAGCAAGAGCUGGUUGACUGCGACAAAGACAACCAUGGCUGUGACGGAGGAUUAAUGGAGCAAGCAUUAGACUUCAUUGCAAAAAGUGAUGGAUUAACAAAUGAGGAAAGUUAUCCUUAUACGGCCAGAGAUGGAUCCUGUGAGUUACCUAAGAAGAAUGCCCCGGAAGUGAUUAUUGAUGGCUAUGAAAUGGUACCAGAAAGUGAUGAGAAUUCCUUGAUGAAAGCUGUAGCAAACCAACCUGUAGCAGUUGCAAUAGAUGCUGGUGGCAAGGAUUUUCAAUUCUACUCAGAGGGAGUAUUCAAUGGAGACUGUGGGACAGAGCUGAAUCAUGGAGUGGCUAUUGUAGGAUAUGGAGAAACUCAAGAUGGAACAAAAUAUUGGAUAGUGAAGAAUUCAUGGGGAACUGACUGGGGAGAAAAGGGUUAUUUAAGAAUGCAACGAGAGAUCAAUGCCGAAGAAGGGCUGUGUGGUAUAACUCUGGAAGCCUCCUAUCCAGUCAAGUUGAACUCAGACAACUCAAGACGUCCUCGCAAGGAUGAACUCUAG